AAUUACUGAUACAGUAUUAAUAUAAAUAUUUGUAAUUUUGUAUUAAAUAUUCUACACAAUCAAGUAAGUACUAACUAUUAAGCUUACUUUGAAAGACAGGUACCUCGUUUCGGAACCGGAACCUGCCGGUUCCCAGUUUUUAGGAAUCUGUUGAAUAUAUUCCGGUUCCUAUUUUUAGGAACUUGUUGUGGUUCCGAUUUUGGGUCCUGAGAUUUUUACCGGAUACUCUGCGACACCUGUACUCAUCAUAUAGUGGGGACAAAUUAGCAAAUUAGCAUUAAUUAAACUGAAUAUUUUAUACUGCCAUUUUUGCCUAGAAAGCUUCAUCUUUAGCGUUAGUAUAAUGUAUGUACUCCGCAAUAUUUACUGAUUGAGUUUCCCAUGAUAGUCUAGGUGAACUUUGAUAGGAUUGACAGUUUUUUGUAGGUUGAUUUUCAAGUUAUGACAUAUUAAAAAGGUGUUAUUAGUAAACUAAACUCCUCCACCCAGUUGAAUGUAUGAAAUUGUAGUUUAUUGCCUCGUUGGUUUAGUUUAAUCAUCACCAAUACGUUGAAGUGCUUACAAAAUUACUGAUUAGAUAAAUUGAGAGUCUUCCCGGAAAAAGAAAAAGAAAAAAAAAUUAAAAAAAUCCUGAUAUUUUCUCAAUCCAAUUCAUACAGAUUAUAAGUUUAAACACUGAAAGAGGCAAGCAGGGGAGAAAGAUAUGGCAGAAGCCAUUGUAUCUGAUGUAGUCGCGAAGCUUCUUGAAUCUCUGGGACAAUCAGUAGUUGAGGAAAUGGCUCCUUACUUCAAUGGGAGAAAGAAACUGAAAGAGCUAGAGCAAUUGAUGGGGAUGAUACAAGCUCGACUUCUUGAUGCAGAGAGGAUAAGGGAAGGUGACAAUGGGGCUUUGAUCAACCUUUGGCUGAAAAGGCUCAAGCAUGUACUUUACCGACUGGAAGACUUGUUCGAAGAAGUCGUUAUGAUUGAUCAAGAUGAACUUCCUAGAGGUAAGCUUACCAAACCACUAGGUGUUUGUUAUUCAUGCUUAAGUCCCUUUAAAGUAAAUAAAAAGUUAGCUUUAGAGAGCAAGGCUAUUAUGGAGGAGUUGAAAUCCAUUACAUCUGAAAUGCACUGCCUAAACCUGAGAGUGCAUUCCAUUGAAGUACAGUCUUCUGUUAGUCGAGUGAGUUGGAGGGAAACACAUUUGUUUGUGUUGGAGAAAGAUGUAAUUGGCAGAGAUGCAGAUAAAAAGGCAAUUUUAGAAAUGGUUUUACAUUGUGAUGAUAUAGUUGGAGAAAGUGUCUUAGUAAUAAUCCCAAUUGUUGGGAUUGGUGGGUUAGGAAAAACAACUCUCGCUCAACUUGUUUUUAAUGAUGAUGAUGUUCAUAAACAUUUUGAGCUUAAAGGUUGGGCUUGCAUUUCUGAAGUCUCCAAUUUGGAAGAAUUAUUAAGAAAAAUUCUGAAGUCUAUUGAUAAAAGUGAUUGCCAUCAGCUGAAUAUGGAACAACUUCAGUCCUGCCUUCGAGAAGCUGUCAAUGAUAAGAAAUUCCUGCUUGUGUUAGAUGAUGUAUGGGAUGAGGAUCGAGAGAGAUGGUUGUGUUUGAGACGUUUGCUAUGUGGCUGUAAAAGAGGAAGCAAAAUUAUAGUAACCUCUAGGUCGAGAGUGGUGGCUGAUAAUAUGGGUACAGUUGAAGCUUAUGCUUUGGGGGUCUUGCAAGAAGACAUGUCCUGGGCUUUGUUUAAAGGUUUAGCAUUCAAGGAGGGACAAGAGCACAAUAAUGAGCAUCUGACCAGAAUUGGCAAAGAGAUUGUUGGAAAGUGUGGCCAUGUUCCACUUGCUAUAAGGACAAUUGCCAGUCUUCUUUAUACUAAAGAUACGGAGCAAGAAUGGGAGUAUUUCAAGGAUAGUGAGCUCGGGAUGAUUGAACAAUGUGAAACAAGCAUUAUGUCAUCGUUGAAGCUGAGCUAUGAUCACUUAGCUCCACACUUAAAGCAGUGCUUUGCCUAUUGCUCUCUGUUUACCAAGGACUACGAGUUUGAUAAGAUGGAUUUGAUUUAUCUGUGGAUGGCGCAAGGGUUCCUCAAGACAACGAGGGAUCAUGUAAGUCCAGAGGAUGUUGGUCAUGGAUAUUUCAUGGAGCUACUGAGGAGAUCUUUUUUUCAAGAUGUUAGAAGAAAUGAGUAUGGUGAGAUAAUAAGCUGCAAAAUGCACGAUUUAAUGAAUGACUUGGCGAAAAAUGUGGCAGGAUAUUGUUGUCUUCUUGUAGAUAAGCCUACAAUGCAGAUCAAUGAUAAAAAUGUCUGGCAUGCUAGCUUUACUGCUAACUCAACUUGGAAUGCUCCACCAUGGUUGAUUGCAGCAAAGCAAAUUCGCUCUCUUCUUCUGACUACCAAUAGCCUUUCAUUUGCUGUACCAGAUAUCAGUAAAACCAUUUCAAGUUUAAGGUGCUUACGAGCAUUGGAUUUACCUCGGAUGGAUAAUGAUAGCCUUCCAGAUUCUAUAAAACAGCUGAAGCACUUGAGAUACCUAAAAAUUAGUGUCUCAUCUUAUUCUCUCCCUGAAUGCAUCACAGGACUGCAGAAAUUACAGACUUUGGAUCUCCGAGAAUGUUGGUGGCUUAGAGAACUUCCAAGGGAAUUGCAUAAAUUGACUAGUCUUAGGCACUUGCUUUGUAGAAGUUCUAUUGCAUUGACUGAUAUGCCGCCUGGAUUUGAGCGAUUAACUUCUCUUCAAACAUUGAACUUGUUUGUCGUGGGUGAAUGUACAGGGUUAGAUGCACUGACUAGUUUCAAUGAUCUUGCUGGAAAAUUGAAAAUCUGUUUUUCUGAACGUCGUGGAAAAGCUGUAUCAGUAGACACAGGAGCAAUUUUGAAGGCCACAAAGCUAACUAGUCUGGAAUUAACAUGGUGGGCAUUGCAGAAUGGAGAACCAGCUUGCCAUUCUGACAAAGUAGAAGAUGAGUUGGCUCUAAACUGCUUACAACCCCCACCAUCUCUCAAAAGCUUACAGGUUGAGGGGUGGAGGGGGGCAAGAUUUCCGGGGUGGGGAAUGGAUGUAUUUCCUAGUCCGCUCCCUAACCUUGUUUCUAUAGAGAUUGCACGUUGUGAGAAAUGUCAAAUUCUCCCACCAUUUAAUCUGUUACCUCUUCUCAGGUCUCUUGAACUCUGGUACCUAGAAGCUUUAGAGUGCAUAAGAAUUGGUGGUCUCAGUAGUGUGACUUCUUCUUCAUCAACAGCAUUCUUCCCAUCCUUGGAACGUCUUGUUCUCUUUCAGUUGCCUGUAUUCAAGGGAUGGUCGGAACAAAAUAAUAUCAAUCAACAAGAACCUGAAAGACCUCAGGACUUGUUGCAGCCAUCAUCUUUCCCUUGUCUUUCUAAACUCUUCAUAGGGUAUUGCCCGAAGCUGAUGUCAAUGCCUAAGGCGCCAAGGCUUGAAUCGCUGGGUGCCAACAGCAUCCAUAAUAAUCUGCUGAAGUAUCUUCUAUAUGGAGAUGCAACACAAAUAUCAGUGCCUUCAUCACUCAUUCCUUCCAUGUUAAAAGACUUGCAUAUCCGAUCAAUACAUGAACUAGACACUCUCUCAAUCAAUCUAAUAACAUUAGAAUCCUUAUCAAUCUACUUUUGCCUCCAGUUAAUCAGAUUGACUGUGAAAGCUCCAACUUGCCUCCGAAAUCUUGAAAUUCAUAAUUGUGUUAGACUUAAAGACAUAUCCAGUGCACUGCAGCAUCUCACUGUCCUUGAGGAAUUGAAAAUCUCUGACUGUGACCAGUUAGUCUGGGAGCCUAUAAUGGGUAAAGAUAAUGUUAGUUUUGUCGAUGAGGGGAGGGAUGUCAGUAGUAUUACUAGUAGUGAUGUUAAGUCAGCUGAUUGGCAAGGCCUUAAAAGCCUCCGUUUAUUAACAUUGAAGAGCAUCUGCAAUUUGGAUUCACCCCCACAGAGCCUUGGCUGCUUAAGAGCACUUCAAGAACUGGAGAUAUAUCAUUUCAGUAAUCUGAUUGUUCUACCAGAGUGGAUAGGGCACCUCACCCAACUCCGUAGACUUGACAUUCAGGAUUGCCUUAAAUUGGUGACACUUCCUGAAUCACUUCGCAACCUCACCAAUUUACAGCGUCUUGAGGUCAGGGAUUGUGAUCCCGAGCUGACAAGAAGAUGCAAACAGCCUGAUGGUGAAUAUUGGCCCCUUAUUCAACAUAUCCCCCAUAUUGAACUUGACUACUAGGUUGGCAAAUCACAGUCAAGAAGGUGCCAGGAACCCUAUGGUGAAGAUUGGCCUCUUAUUCAAUGCAUUCCUUAAGCCAUUAUUGAAGAAUUCAAGAAGGGACUAUAUAUCAUAGUCAAACACUCUACAUGCUGAAUCAGACUCUCUGGAGUAACUCAUUCAACAGGUGAAUGCUUUUUUCUGUGAGUUCAUUUUGCUCCCUCCACCCCUUUCCCUUUAUAUAGUUCAGGAAGAAAAGGUAAGAGUAUUGUUUGUUAUUGCUAAUUUUAGAUCAUUUUAUGCUCUUUUUUUUUUUGUAGCUAGGAGCGCUCUGAUUCUUGAGACUGUUAGAGAAGAAAUGUAGCAAAGUAUAACCUAUAAGUCUUAUUUUGUGCCAGGGGAGAACUAGUGCUAUGAGCAUUGCAAGAUAAUCAAGUCCAUCACACUAAAGGUAAUUUGAGCUUGUUCCCAAGUCAUGUACUUUUAAUUAGUUGAUGGACUCAAUAUCUGCAAUUAAAUCAAGGCCUGUCAUGGCUGUUGCCUGCUGUGAUACUCAUAUCAGGAACUUGUAUGUUUUUCAAUAUGUCUAAUACACUCAAAACUUGGAUACGGUAAAUAAAAAACUUCAUGUACAAUAAAUUUGUAGAGGAAAGCUUUGUCAACUGAUUACCACAUAUCCCAUAUUUGCUAAAUUCUAAAUCUUUGUAAGAGGUACCUCAGUUCUA